AUGUCUGGCUCAGUGAACAUAGUAGAAAACGACGACCUCGAAAAUCACGGAGAAGACAGUGUGGCUGUUCCAAUUGUUGGCGCGCCGCCACGGAACCCCGAGAAUGCACCUGGGCCAACUCCAGCGGACGCGGUCUCGCGCGACGCACAGCAGAUCGACGAAACCUCACGCACCGACAAGAGCAUACAACAAGAAGAAGGUGUCGUGUUGGGCCAUAGAGUAUUAAGGAGUGGCAUUGAGGUUGAUAAGGCUAAGGUGGAGGUAGUUGAAAAAUUACCUCCACCCAUUUCUAUGAUGGAUGUCCGGAGUUUCUUGGGACACGCGGGGUUCUAUAGAUUCUUUAUUAAGGACUUUUCAAAAAUUGUUACUCCCUUGUGCAGACUGCUUGAAAAGGAUGUAUUCUUCAAUUUUGAUGAAGCCUGCCUGAAGGCAUUUGAAGAGCUCAAAAAGAAGUUGGUGUCUGCCCCCAUUAUUGCGACAUCGGAUUGGUCCUUACUAUUUGAACUUAUAUGUGAUGCAAGUGACCAUGCUAUUGGGGCAGUGCUAGGCUAG